AUGAAAAGGAACCAUAUCAUGUUCCGUACGGUUCUUGCAUUAUCAGUGCUGUGUAACAUAGUGCAAUGUUCAAUCGGACAUGGAAAUGCAGUGGUUCCUGUCGCUGCAGGUCCAGAAGGUCCAGUGCUCGCCGCCAGCUCGCAAUACUUUGAAAGAACAUUCAAUCGCUUAGUUCUACCACCACCAUUGGAACCAGUUAUUCCAGUUGCGCCUUCGUCGCCAGUGCUUGUUCAACCAGCUCCUAGCGUACCAGUGCCCGUACUCCCAGUAAACCCAACUUUACCCGCUCCAGUGCAACCUAAUGUUGCAAUUGCUGUAGCGACCGCUCACGCAGCUGCCCCAGUCGCUACCAUCUUACUUCCACCCUACCCAUUUGGACCACCACAGCCGAUCGGUUUUAUCCCGCCACAACCACCAAUAAAUGUACCGGAUGACGACCGAAAAGAAGCGACAACACGACGCACAACUAAAACUAAUGUAUCCACUCCGAGAGAUACGGAAUCAACUACUCCCUUACCAGCACCUUCUGAUAAUAACUUCGUGCAAGCUCUUCCUUCAAACGAAAAUGUCAAUUUCAGACAGUAUUACGCCCCACCAGAGACGGCUGUACUACCCCUAACACCACCGAACCCGAAACCCAAACCUCAGAAGUUGAAGACAUCAGUCGAAAUAGUGCCAGUGCCAUUACAGUACAUUGCUCCACCUCCAAUUGUGCAGCACGCACCACUCAAAGCUGUGAAACACAUUCAUACCUUCGUGCCAUCGAAGAUUAUCAUUAGGCCUGUUUCUGCGCCCUUAAGAAUAAGAACCAUCAGAAGGCCUAUUCGCGUAGUAAGAUACAGAGUGCCUAUAACUGCCAGAAUUGGUAAUCCUCAACUUAAUCAAAAUGGGGGUAGGUCUACCACUAGAGACGUCGAACCAACAACGUUCAGCCCUUUUAUCAGGCCAAGUACUAAGCCACCAAGAGUAAUAUAA